UUAUAGAAAUACUUACCAUCAAGGAAAGCAGCUAGAAGCAGAUCUGAAGUUGGAUAUGUCCACAAGAUUGACCAAGUUGAUGGGCUUUCAGAAUCCUGAGUUUGAUGAAUUGAUGAGACUUUAUUUGACUAUUCAUGCCGAUCAUGAAGGUGGAAAUGUCUCAGCGCACUCAGUUCGUCUGGUUGGUUCAGCACUUUCGGAUCCUUUCUUGGCAUUUUCAGCAGGAAUGAAUGGUUUGGCCGGACCCUUACAUGGUUUGGCCAAUCAAAAUGUGCUUACAUGGUUACUGCAAGUAAAGGAAAAGUUGGGUGGUCAAAGUCCCACAAAAGAGAAUCUGACAAAGAUUUGUUGGGAAACUUUAAACUCAGGUAAUGUUAUUCCUGGGUUUGGCCAUGCAGUGUUGAGGAGAACCGAUCCUCGUUACUCCUGUCAACGAGAGUUUGCUUUGAAACACCUUCCAAAUGAUGAAAUUUUUCAACUUGUAUCUCUCUUAUAUGAAGUGGUCCCAAAAGUACUUACAGAACAGGGAAAAGUAAGCAAUCCUUGGCCAAACGUCGAUGCUCAUAGUGGAACCUUGUUACGUUACUAUGGAGUCAAAGAAAUGACUUUCUAUACUGUUCUUUUUGGUGUUAGUAGAGCUCUGGGAACUUUGUCAAGCUUAGUAUGGGACAGAGCGUUGGGUCUACCGAUCGAACGUCCAAAGAGUGUGACAACUCACUGGAUAAAAGAAAAUAUGGUCCAAGCACAACAAAAAGUUUCUGGUUAAAUCUCAUCACAGAAUAAUUUGUUUCA